CUGGAAGUAGCGGGAAUGUUGAUCAUGUAAUUAUUAUGAUGACUGGGACAGCUGGUCACUCGGGUUUAACACAUCAAAGCUGUCUGGCCUAGAAUCCUCGUCUUCAAGUUUUUGCUUAAGAGCCAUUGAUACUUUGGGAAUGAUUGCCCAUUAUGCUGUUCAGCCAGGGUCUAGUGGAACUGACCGCUGCCGUCCUCGCUCUCACCGAGGUCCGCUCCGAGGACAACACCGAGUUCUCCAAGCUCCUCUCCGCCAUCAAGGAGGGUUACACCGACAAGUACGAGGAGUCCCGCCGCCACUGGGGUGGUGGUAUCAUGGGCGCCAAGGCUGUCGCCCGCCAGGAGAAGAAGCGCAAGGCCGUUGAGGGUGCCAUCCGUGUCUAA